AAAUUUAGAUUUUGCAAACUUGUGCACUGAUGAACGUGCUAUUGAAACACGUUGUUAAGAAAGAUUUUCAACACACACAAGUGUCAUUUCCUUUCUUCAUGUACCAGAUACUGAAAUACUAUGAGAUAAAGAUUUCAGGUCUCACAUACAAAGAGAAGGAAGUGGAUAAAUCCUCACUGCCUUCUUCAGGACCAACGAAGUAUGGAGCAGUUGGGUAGCUUUCCUGAUCAACAGGAGGACACCGAUAGCUGUUCUGAAUAUGUGAAAUUCGAUGCACGCUCGAUGACAGCCUUGCUUCCUAUGAAUCCUAAAAAUGGCCCUACCCUUCAGGAGAAACUGAAGUCCUUCAAAGCUGCCCUGAUUGCCCUUUAUCUUCUUGUAUUUGCAGUUCUUAUACCUAUUAUUGGAAUAAUGGCAGCUCAACUCCUGAAGAGGGAAACAAAGAAUUCCACACUUGAUUCAAUUAACACAAAUUGUAUAUCUCAAAGUCUCACGGGUAAAGGAAAUGACAGUGAAGAAGAAAUGAGAUUUCAAGAUGUUAUGGAACACAUGAGCAACAUGGAGAAGAAAAUUCAAUAUAUUUCAGAUACUGAGGCCAAUCUCCCAGAUUUGGAGCAUUUCCAAAAUUUCACUGUGACAACUGGUCAAAGAUUUGAUGAUGUUCUUCUCCAGCUAAGCAACUUGGUUUCCUCCGUCCAGGGACAUGAGAAUGCAAUAGAAGAAAUCGCCAAGUCCUUAACAAAUCUGAAUACCACAUUGCUUGAUUUGCAGCUCAAUGUAGAAACACUAAAUGGCAAAAUCCAAGAGAACACAUUUAAACAACAAGAGGAAAUCAGUGAAUUGAAGGAGCGUGUGCACAAUGCAUCAGCAGAAAUUAAGUCUGUGAAAGAAGAAAACAUGCAUUUGGAUCAGGAAAUAAGAGGAGAAGUGAAAGUAUUGAACAACAUCACUAAUGAUCUAAGGCUGAAAGAUUGGGAACACUCUCAGACAUUGAGAAAUAUCACUCUAAUUCAAGGUCCUCCUGGGCCCCCAGGUGAAAAAGGAGAUAGAGGUCCUACUGGAGAAAGUGGUCCACCAGGCUUACCAGGUCCGAAAGGUCCUCCAGGUCUUAAAGGUGAUCGGGGAGCAGUUGGCUUUCCUGGAAGUCGAGGAGCCACAGGACCCGCAGGAAGGCCAGGAAAUCCUGGACAAAAAGGCCAGAAGGGGGAAAGAGGGAGUGGAAGCUUAUUAA